GAAAACAAUCGCAAGGACACGAGGGCUCGCAGGGGACGGAAGAGCCUGGACUUCCUCUGCUGGCUCUCCCCUCUGAUUGGCUUGUGAAGGUUAUGAAACCCUUGAAUGGGCGCUGCGAGCAAACUUUGCCGCAAAAAAGUCACCCCUUCGCGAAAGGAGCCGGAGAGGCGAGGCUGCGCGCUCGAGCAUCCCCGCCGCCGGUCACCAUGAAGUCCGCCGCGGUGCUCUUGGCUGGGCUGCUGGCUCUGACUGCCUAUUAUGUCUACUUGCCGUUGCCCAGCACCGUCUCGGAGCCUUGGCGGCUGAUGCUGCUGGAUGCUUCGUUCAGGGUGGCUCAGCAAUCGUGCAAUCUGGUUCAUUUCCUGGGACUUGGCCAUCAUCUGAGAGCCCUGAACUUCUUGAUUGGUGCCUUCGACCAGCUGAAUCCACAGUCCUCGGAAGGAGUGAAAAUAACAGAUACUCAGUUUGACGGCGUGGAGGUCAGAGUGUACGAGCCACUGGCGAAAGGAGGGGCAAAGCUAAGGCGCAGUGUGGUCUACAUCCAUGGAGGAGGAUGGGCCCUGGCAAGUGCAAGAGGAGGUUACUAUAACAAUCUUUGUUCAAUUAUGGCUGAAUCUCUGGACGCUGUAGUCGUUUCAAUCGAGUACCGGCUCGUGCCAGACUUCCACUUCCCAGUGCAGUUCAACGACGUCCUCCAGGCUACGAAGCACUUUAUGCUCCCCGAAGUCCUCGCGCGAUAUUCCGUGGAUCCCAGCAGAGUUGCCAUUUCGGGCGACAGUGCAGGAGGAAACCUGGCUGCUGCCGUAUGCCAAGAGAUGACUCAAGAGGAAAAUGUAACCACCAGAUUUAAACUGCAGGCUCUAAUUUAUCCAGUCCUUCAGCCGUUCGAUUUCAACACCCCCUCGUACCAGCAGAACGAAGUCACGCCUGUCCUUCCCCGUUUUGUCAUGGUGAAGUUCUGGUUAGACUACUUCAACGGAAAUUACGACUUUGCCCAUUCUAUGGUGGUCAACAACCACACCGCCCUCGACAUGAGUGAGGCCAAUGCCUUCAGAGAACACCUGGACUGGACUUUCCUCCUACCUUCGAGGUUCAGGAAGAACUACAAACCUGUCGCACACGCGACGGGGAAGGCAGAAAUAAUCCGGGACAUACCUGCCUUGCUAGAUGUCCGUGCCGCUCCCUUGCUAGCUGAGAAGGAGGUGUUCCGCAUCCAGCCAAAGACUUAUAUCCUGACUUGCGAAAUAGAUGUUCUGAGAGAUGACGCACUCAUGUAUGCCAAACGGUUAGAGAAAGCAGGUGUUGCGGUGACUAUCGACCACUUUGAAGACUGUUUUCACGGCUGCAUGAUCUUCACCGUUUGGCCUACCAAUUUUUCCGCAGGAUUCCAAACCAGGGACAGCUACAUCAAGUGGCUAAGUCAAAACCUGUGAAGGAAAGUGCCCCCCUCUUAAAAACUAAAAACUGUAACAGGUCCCCAA